GACACCCACCAUGCCAAGCACAUAGGAUAACUGUCGUUGAAAAGUGAGCUGGAAAAGCUUGUCGAAAGUGACCGUGUGAAGGUGCUCGGCUUCCCUCGUUUUGAACACGUCGCCUCUCAAGUGGGAAAGUCGGCAAAAUUGACAGUUCCCCCGAAAUAUGGAAGAGCAAAAAGAUCAGAACAAUCGCGUGGAAAGUCGAGAAUCAAGCGAGGCGGAAAGCGUUUCUCUCUCUCCACCUUUUCAGUCCCCCCAAAUACAGCCCCAUCCAGCGGCACAGCAGCCGCACAGAAACACGAACUUUUUUAUAGAUAAUAUCCUGAGGCCGGACUUUGGGUGCAAGAAGGACAGAGACCGGGCGCAGACGUCCGGCAGAGAAAACGUCAAUCCGCUCACAAGGCCGUUGAACGCCUCGAGUCUGAGCCCGAAUUUAGACUGCACUGACAGCUCCUCUCAGACGUCCAAACAGCCCCAACCAAAGCAAAACGAAGGCAAUGGAACUAAUUCGGCAAAGUAUGCAGAAAACACUGGCUCGGCGCUUAUGCUUGUGGGCGCCAAUGCAGAACCUCUAUCUAACAGUGAUGGAAUCAAAUCAGUAUCAUCAGGGACACUAAUGUGGCCUGCCUGGGUUUAUUGCACUAGAUAUUCAGACAGACCCUCUUCUGGUCCCCGCACUAGAAAGCUGAAAAAGAAGAAGAGUGAAAAGGAAGACAAGCGGCCGCGGACAGCGUUCACAGCCGAGCAGCUGCAGAGACUCAAAGCUGAGUUCCAGACCAAUCGCUAUAUCACCGAGCAGCGGCGGCAAACUUUAGCACAAGAACUCAGUCUGAACGAGUCCCAGAUCAAAAUCUGGUUCCAGAACAAGAGGGCCAAGAUCAAGAAAGCUAGUGGUUUGAAGAACAGCUUGGCUCUUCAUCUAAUGGCCCAGGGACUUUACAAUCAUUCCACCACAACAAUUCAAGACGAGAAGGAGGAUAGUGACUGAAGUUGUUCCGUUUUAUUCUAUUGAAAUAAAGGACUGUGACAGGUGCUAUUUAAAUUCGAUCUGCGUGUAUCUAUAUGGACUGAAGUAUAAUUCAAGCAUUUUAAAAUUAUAUAUAACCAAACACAUUAUGACGUUGUAUAUAUUUAAUUUCAGGUAAGGAGAUGUCUAGCGAUCCCUACUUGACGGAGAUUUUAUCAUUUCGUUUUCAAUGUUGUCGCUAAUUGUUUUAGUCAAUGUCAGUCAGGUCUAGAGAUUUUAUGUGAACCCGGUCUUUUCUGAACUUGUUCAGAAAUAUAGAGAGACUACAUAAUGAAUCGCCGCUACAUGCCAAAGAUUUUACUAUGUUCAGAAUGAUGUAGCUUCAAAUAAA